ACAAAUAAGUGCACUCAGUUCAGUUGCCAAAUAAAAAAUACGAUGGAUACUUCUGUUUUUGUGAAACUAUUUUAUAAAUUGUUCAUUAAAAUUAAAUAAUAAAAAAACAUCUAAUUUACGUGUCCAUUUAUUGUAGUUUUAUAGUUCAACAAAAAACAUUACUAAUAGCCAAAAGAACGUAGAACAAUAAUUGAGUUCACAUCAAAAUCACAAAGAAAGAAUACACACCAUCUACAUAUUUUGUAUUUUGUUUGGUUUAGGGGUGAUGUUCUUUGGAACAAGUUUUUCUUUUUCAGACCCACAAAUUCCGUCACCCGCAACAAUUCCAACAUGACAAACUAAAAAUCAUCAAAUCCAUUAAGCGAAAUUAGUUUGAUUUAAAUUUGCAAACCAUUUUUGAAAAAAAAAACCUUUCCCCAUUACCAUCAUGGAGAAUAACAAUACAUUGGAAGCAAAAUAUCGAAAGUUAGCAAGUGAAUACUCGAAGCUUCGAGCUCAAGCUAGUGUAUUAAAAACGGCUGUAAUCGAAGAGCAGACCAAAAGUUCUACUUUAAGGGAAACUCUGCGACAAAAAGAAACUUCUCUGCGGCGAUCAGAACAUGAAGUUGACAGCUUGGGUUUUCGCAAUAAACAAUUGGAGCGACGGGUUGCUUCUCUGCAAGAGGAUAUUGCCUCAAAAGAGAAUCGAAAGUCCAACAAGAACCAAAAGUCUGAUGCUACCAACAAUGGUAAGACUAAAUCGAGUUCAUCGGCCGGCGGCGGCAGUGGUGCCGGUCAAGAUACAACCGGUUCUAGAUUCGCCGAUUACUUUGAUAACACUCAGGAGGUUUUAAUAUUCGAAGAGUUGCAAAAGAAAAUCCUCGAAAAUGCCGAACUUACUUCAUCGAUUGAUGAUAAAAAUCAAGAACUUCAAAUGCACGCUGAACGAAUAUAUGAUUUGGAAAAACAAUUGGAAAAACGAACAACAGAAAAUAUGGAAAUCGAAAGACGACUACGUAAGGAAAUCGAUUCGUUGCAAGCUAGAAUCUCAGAGUUGGAAACUAAACUUGUUGAAGCAGCCAGUAUGAUUGGUAGUGAAGAUGCAUUAAGUGCAUCUGGCAGUGAUAACACCACUCCACUGCAUACAACAACCAAUUCCUCAACAACUAGUGAAGAUCGAAUUGCUUAUUUGGAAAAAGAAGUCUCACAUUGGCGAACACAAUAUGAGAUUUCGCGAAUAAGUGAUUCUUUGCCACAUGAAAUGUCUCGUUUAUGCAAAGAAAAACAACAACAUCAAUAUAAUGGACCAUUGGUAGUGCCGGGUAGUUGCUGUAGUACAGCAGCAACUGGAUUGUCUGUGAUUGCAGCUAAUGCUGCUGCUGCUGGAAGUGAUAAUAAUAAAGGUUUGCAAAAUGAUAAUAACUUAACAACAACAGCAACGACAACAAUCAAGGAACAACUCAUAUUCAAUAACUUUUCGAAAAAGUUUGAAGAUCUUCUAAAGACCAAAUGUAUGUCGGAAUCACGUCUGGCAUCAUAUCAAGUAGAAGCUGAUCAUUUGCAUAAUUGUCUAGAAAAUUCUACCCAAGAACUCAAAGAUAAAGAAACCGAGUUAUUGAUUGCAGGACAAACAAUACAAACACUCGAAGAAGAUUUGGCUACAACCCGUGUCAACUAUGAGGAACAAAUCAGUGUCCUUACAGAGCAAGUUAUAAGUCUGAGCGAACAGCUGGCUUCGUGUAAAUAAAUUAAAUAAAAUAAAGCAAAAUUCUCAUUAUUAUUUUCUUAUACAUAAUUAUAAAUAAAUUUAUAAUUUUUCUUUAAAUUAAAAAAAAACUUAAAUGUGUGAAAAGAAAUACAAAAAAAAAUAAAGUUAAAAGUUGAAGCAAAUUGUUGUGCGAAAUUUAAAAUCUAAUUUGUUGCUACAUUUAAACAAAAAUUUCAAUAACUAUAAACAAAAUUAUAAAAAAAAAAAUAAAUAAAUAAAAUGUAUAUUUUCUGAACCAACAAACACCAUGAAUACGAAGAAGAAAAAG